AGAAAGGAAAAAAGUAAACGUGCUUAAAGCUUUUCCGUAACAUACGCAUCUUUGGCCUUGGUUUUUGGCUCUGUUACACAGCAGGCAUUCCCUCUGCAACUGCAACAUCGUAUCUUCCUUGUCCUCUUCCUUCACCUUCAGCUUAUUCCCUCACUUUUCCUUCUCUUUUUUAUGUACUCUCUCUCCUUCUACCAACUUUUCCUGUCCCUUCUUUUCUCUUUGCAACACUCAACUCUUCCUUUCUUUCCCAUCUUUCUUUUAUCUCAAGUACUCUUUUUUGCCUCAAGGUUGCUCCUUUUUCACCUUUCAUCACACCCCAUCGAAUCCUCACCUCCCAAUUUUGUUUAUUCAAGAUAUUCAUCGUUGGAGGGGAACCCCCUGUUUCAAGUUUGUGGUUUUUCUCGUUAUUCCUUUCAUCCGUUGAGUCAGAUUGUGGGGUCCUUCAAAAUUGGGUCUUCACCUUCGAAUUUGUUGGCAUUGUUUCUCCACAUCGAUGAUGAUCAAUUUUAGUGAAUCAUUGUCAUACAUGGAAGUGUUGUCGAAGUUCUAGACCGGCGCAAUGAAUUCAGUAACUAGCAAAUGUUUGAUUUUGCUUGUUACUGUUUUGAUUCUUAGAGCACUGAUGUUUCCAUCCUUCCCUGGUUUUGAAAGGAUUGAAUGGAGUAACCUUGUGUAUAUACGCACUCCAUUGUUGAAUUUCGAUUUUGGAAUCCGGAAAGAUAAGUUUUUGGUAGCUCCCCAGAUUGUUUGGGGAUUAAACAACCAGAAGAUUGCAUUUGCAAGGGCCUGUCUUACUGCUAGAAGGCUGAACAGAACAUUGUUGAUGCCAAGCCUCAGUGCCUCGUUGUUUUACAAAGAAAUUGACCUCUUGCAACCUAUUUCCUUUGACAAGAUAUUCCAGUUUGAGAAGUUUAAUACCCUUUGUCGUGGUUUUGUCCGGUUGGGGCACUAUUCAGAUGUCUUGAAUAGAACAGAAGUGCUGGAAAUGGAAAAGGGAAGUGGCAGGAGGUGGACAGUGGAGAGAGAUUUGUCACAAUUGAAGGAGCAUGGUAAGGGCUCUUUUGAUGACCACGAGGUAAUUCAGAUUGUAGGGAAGAAUCCUUUCCUGUGGCAUGAUCAUUGGCCUCUGAAGGAUUAUGCAAGGAUUUUUGAGUGCCUGUAUUUGACAGAAGAGAUUGCUAAGGAAGUAGACAGGGUUGUGUCUAGGAUUAGAGCUGUUGGAAGAAAGAUAACAGGCAACACUCAAGCAGUGGAAAUUCAGAAGAAUAUCACCAAUGAUGGACCUUCUUUUGAGCCCCUUCCAUAUGUUGCUGUCCACAUGAGGAUAGAAAUUGAUUGGAUGAUUCAUUGUAAAAAAUUAGAACGGCGAUUGAAUGCUAGUCAAAUCUGCAGUGACAAGAAAGAGAUAGUGGAAAGAGUUAGGAACAUUGCUGGUUUGAAGACUCCGGUUGUUGUUUAUCUUGCUGUUGCUGAUAAACUCCUCAACAAUUCUUCCAUACUUGAAGGUUGGGAAGAUGGGUUUGUUCCUUUUGAGAAGAAAAAACUUGGUGUCGAUGGAAUUUACAAGAAGUAUCCCUAUUUAAUUCAGUCUGCAAUCGACUAUGAAGUGUGUUUAAGAGCUGAUACCUUUGUGGGAAACAGUUUCUCCACAUUUUCAAGUCUUAUAGUUCUUGAAAGAACACAGAAGAUGAUAAGAAUGAAUGGCACCAACUUGUGUGGGGAAAAUGUAAGAUGGCCUUCUUAUGCUUACAACAUACCAGGAACAUCAAAUGGUCCAAAGAGAUGGGUUACAAACAUGUCAGAAUCAAAUCUUCAAUCUAUCAGCUAUGGCACCAAUCACAUCUCCUGUUAACAGUGCCUUGUUUAAUUAAUCAUUCCUGCUGCAUACUUAUAGAGUAGAUUAAGAGUCCCUUUUUCUUGGCUCAACAUUUUCACUUCUGGGCAUGAUUGACAACUAGAAAGAAGGAUUUUGAUGUAGUGAACACACAUUUGAGGUACAGUUUCUCGUUAUGUAAAUUGAACCCACUUUUUGGGAACACGACUCUCAGGUCUGACACUGUUUUGUUGUUAAAAAACGAAACCCCUUCGAAAGGGUAAGUUUUGGUUUCUUUAUACAUUAUGUUUAUAGUUUGGGUGGUUGAUUGAUUGGGUUCAAGUGGGAGAGAAUUGAAAAAGGUUGAGAGAAGAGUUCUAUAA